AAUGGUUUGCUAGCAGCCCGAGUCUGCCCCUCUGGUGCUGAUGCGAGGGAGUGGAGCGCGUCAUCGGCUGCGCGCAAUCCGCAUUUGAGACGCGCUUUCUACAGGAGCGUCGCGUAUUGCAGGUAAUGCGAGAUUUACUACAAGACGAUUGACCUCAUUGGGCAGUUGUACUAUCGCUUUACCUGACAUACUCGCGGACAGGUUGCUCAAACCCGAUACUGAAGCGAAAGGCAGCUGCAAUGGAGACCGAGAGCGCAUCGGUGCCCGUGAGGACGGUAAACACGCGCGGGUGUGACUCAAUGUGUCUUCUGUAGGGCAAACGCGACCGUGGGUUUCUCUUCUGAAGGAUGGGCUACUCAGAUCCGACAGCUAAUAGAGAUCUGUUAGGAAACAGAUCCUUGUGUUUUAUUUUCAUAUGUGCUUUUGGACUGGUUACCUUAUUACAGCAAAUCCUCUAUGGCAAGAACUACAUUAAAAGUGGGCAACAGUUUUCCCGCCUCAAAGGAGAGGAGGUGGGCAACUGGAGCGGGCUCAUUAGUUACCCCGAUGAUGGAGGGAUGAAGCCGGCCAGAAAUGGGAGGAAAAGGUAUCUGGAACGCCCCGAUGGCUCUCUGGAGUUCAACUCCACUUCCUGCAAGGAACUACGGCAAGAAAUCACAGAUGUGAAAGUACUGACCAUGGUGAAGACAUCAGAGCUGUUUGAGCGAUGGAGGAACCUGCAGGUGUGUAAGUGGGCGCAAAACAAGGAGGAAGCGGAUAACUUCAAAAUGUCUCUGUCACGUUGCUGCAAUGCCCCCUCCUUCCUGUUUACCACAAAGAGAAACACUCCCUCGGGCACCAAACUGCGCUAUGAGGUGGAUACGAGUGGAAUCUUGCACAUCAGCCCGGAGAUCUUUAAAAUGUUCCCCGAUGAUAUGCCCUAUUCCAAAUCCCAGUUUAAGAAAUGUGCCGUCAUCGGGAACGGCGGCAUCAUCAAAAACAGCAAGUGUGGACGAGAGAUUGAUGCAGCUGACUUUGUCUUCCGAUCUGCUAAACAACAUGUCAAAUCUCUCUUUCAGAUGUAAUAUUCCUCUAAGACUGACCUUGUUACAGUAAAUCCCAGCAUUAUUACUGAGAGGUUUCAAAAGUUGGAGAAAUGGAGAAAGCCAUUUUAUGACGUUCUGCGGAAUUACGAGAACUCCUCUGUGGUUUUGCCAGCGUUCUAUAACACACGGAACACAGACGUGUCGUUCCGCGUGAAGUACAUGCUGGAUGACUAUGAGUCGGCCCGCGGUGUGUUCUUCUUCCACCCUCAGUACCUGCUGAACGUGCAGCGCUUCUGGGCCGUGCAGGGCGUCCGCGCCAAACGUCUCAGCAGCGGACUGAUGCUGGUCACCGCGGCCAUGGAGUUAUGCGAACAAGUGCAUCUUUAUGGCUUCUGGGCAUUUCCCAUGAACCCCUCCGGAAUCUUCAUAACACACCAUUACUAUGACAAUGUCAAGCCCCGCCCCGGUUUCCACGCCAUGCCAUAUGAAAUCUUCAACUUCAUGCACAUGCACACUCGUGGCAUCCUGCAUGUGCACACGGGCCCCUGCAGGUGAAACGUCCAAGCGUCUCUGCAAUCUGAUAGGUCCAUUUUGUAGAGCUCCUCCCAUUCACUGGCACUACGGAACUCAGACUUAUGUGCGUAUGCACGAAUCGCUGCCUUAAAUGCCAGGCGUUUUAUUACUACGUGUUUUUUCAAUAUCGUGUCGGGACAGUUGCAAAAUAGUAUGUGUUUCCUGUUUGGUGAUUUCCCGUAAUGGUGUCGUAUUUGUGUAUCAGAGCAGAUAUCACAUUUUAAACUUUGUGAGGAGGCACCAAACCAUGCACGAUGCAAUAGAACGCAACAGAUGAAUUCUGGAUGUAAAAACUCAUUCAUUUUCUCCAAUUUAUUUUUUAUGAUAAACCUUUUAAGUCAGAGCUGUUGUGAGCUCUGUGGUACUGAUCGAUGGUAAAUGCUUUUGUUGAAGCAAUCUGUUCGCAUUAAUUCAACUUAGGUGCAGUCAUUUUUUGACUGUACUAAAGCAUAAAAAUACCAUAAUAUGUUUGCGGACAUUUAGGAAACAUGCCAAGUUCACAUACAUGUUUCUCUGGAAGUGCUACAGCCAAUUAUUCUACUUUGAAAAGUGUGUUCUGUGUCGGAAUGUCUGUUUUUGUUUUGGACUGUGUGAUCCCACCCACUGCCUGUUUAACCAAUACCCUGGGUUGCCAGUUGGCAGAAAACACAGCAUAUUGCAGCCAUGGAUGUCAGCAAACGCCCUGGGUCAGAGAUUGCAGAUUCUACCCAACAUAAAAAGCCUUGGCAUUCAUCUGAAAAGCUCCAUGACCAGAGGAAUAUUAAAAUGCAGAUAAAUCAACUCAUCAACUUACAGUGUAAGACUCACUCGUGGCCUUCCAUUGUUUAUUACACUCGUUCUUGUUGCAAGUCCUCAAUCUGGCAACCCACAUAAGCAGCCAGCAUCUCUCCAGUAUUUUGAAUUUGGACUGCAGUACCCAUUGCAGCCACAGCUGUCAGUAUUACAGACUACACCUUUAAUAGCUGAAUAGUUGUGAAAAUCUCUUUUGCUCCACCCACUCCCAAAGAACUACAAAUGAUGUAGUCUGUCACCCUACACUAUGAAAAUAGUUUGUAUAUUAUUUGUGUGUGUGUGUUUAUAAAAACACAUAUUGUUUCUAUGGAUACAAUCAAAAGCUGUAAAUUAGUAGUUUUAUAUUUCUUAAAAAUAUAAAACUAUUAAUUUCUUAUAUCAUCUGACUUAAAGACAGAUUAGUUUAUUGUUCAUUAACAACCACAUCAGUGCAUAAAAGUAAACCGAAUUUGACAUUUCAGUUGAAACGUUUAUGUAUAAUGGUAAAUUACAUGUUUAACGCACAGGUUCUGAAGUUCUGUAUGAUAAAUUACGGGGAAGUAACCUUUGUGUAAUCAAAUCCAGCACAGUCAUUUAUGACUUUCUCUCACACGCAAUCUGUUAUUGAGAUUUUAGUGUCUUUAAAUUGACUGAUCGUGUUUAUAAUGCUGAACUUUAUAUACUUUAUUUUUAGGUUGCUUGUAUAUGAUAUUGUGAUAGCAAUGUGACUUUAUCACUUUACCAAGAAAUCAACUGUUUAAGAUUCAUCAAGAUCCUGAUUUCAUGAAACUUGAAGACAUCAUAAAGACAUCAUCUAUCACCAUUUAUUUCUUAACUUGCACAACAAUAUCUGGCACAGAAUUAAUCAGUUAUUCUAUUCUAUUUUAUUUAAUUAUUUUUUUUUUUUUGCAUUUUUGUCCUGUCCUUGUUUUGUUAGCACAAAUGUACAGUUAUUUGUGAAGCCAAUAAAGCACACAGAUCUAAGCUUCUACGCUUUAU